AUGGUCUGCGUUCUCGCUCCCGGAUUAAAUCAAUCCAUCUCGCGGUCCUCCAGCCUGAAGGGAAUCCGCUCAAUGCGUAAGCCCACUCGCGCGACUCCUGGCCGUCUCGAGGACGCCGUUAGCGCGCCCGAGAUCAUCAGACAACACAAAGAGGCGAGCAUCAGCCCUGAGCGUGAUACAGAGCCCCAUGAAGAGCGCAUCAUUGAAGCGGUCAAAACAAUCUACUCUUGCUCCGCCAGCAAGUCUACGUUCAACGUGUACGCCCAAGACGUCGUUCUUCGUGACAAUAGUGGCUCUUUCUCCUUGAGCGGGGUAGACAGACUGCGCGAACACUUCGUUGCUCUUCAAAGGGCAUUCCCCAUCGCGAACGUUGCCAAGUUCAAAAUAUCUCCUGGGGCCUCGGCGUCAUUGACUACCAUCGUCGUCGACAUUGAACUCCAGUAUUUCCGUGAUACCAACGUUCCCAGCCCUGCCAAGAUCUCAAAGGGUUUUGUCGUGCUCGAGAUCGCGGAUACGCAUGAUCAUAUCGUGCGGCAAACCGAAAAUUGGGAUCAUGCAUCUCAGAAGCGGAGCGAGGAGGCUUUUCCUUCUCCCAUGCAUCGUCGGACGUCUCUCAGUCAUGAUGAUUCCAUGUACGUCUGA